CAUCUGCUCUGCAGUCCCAAGCCAGAAGGGGCAGUGACAAGAGAUUCUCAUCGCUAUUCUCUUCUCAUCUCAGUCUGAAAGCCAAGCAGUCCAUCCAGAGAGCCACCAUGAGUCCUGAUGUGGGUAAAGCGGAGGUGAAGGCUGCCUGCCGGGCAUCUAUCCGGGCUCCUAUCCGGGCCACCAGUGGACCCGGGGAGUCCGGGCCCCCCAAGUUCAAGCAGAGGAACACACGCCAGUUUAAGAGCAAACCCCCCAAGAGAGGGGUCAUUGGGUUUGGCGAGGACAUUCCUGGAAUGGAGGGCUUGGGCAUGGACAUCACAGUCAUCUGCCCAUGGGAAGCCUACAGCCAUCUGGAGCUGCACGAGCUGGCUCAGUACGGCAUCAUCUGACCAGAAGAGGAACCGCCCCAGGGCUGAUCUCACCCUUUCACUCCUUCACUCGUAUUUUUCACUCUCCUUGUCUGUGACGAUUUUCUCUCGAGAGCUGAAUGCAAAAUCAAAGCUGUAUUAAUCACCAGCCGAAUAAAAUAAAUAAAACUGACAGACAAGGGACAAACGUACUGUUACCAGUUUCCCUGAUGAUGGGCUAGACCCGCAACGUUUGUCCCUUGUCUAUCGGUUUUAUUUACUUUAUACGACUUUGUGUAAUACAGUUUUGAUUUUGCAUUCAGCUCUUGCGUGCGACUCCCUUCUUCCUUUUCGCAUUACUUUUCUUGGAAUUACGAAACGCUCAGAAAAAGACAUUGGCGCGGACGCCACCCCCACUAUUAUGAUUCUCAUUCAUACAGGUCCUAUCUUAGUUAAAAUAAGUGGCUAUCCUACAGUGACUGGUGUCCAGGGCGAUGCCUCCUCUGAUGCCCCGCCUCCCCAAUCAUGGCCCAGCCCCUGAUGGGAAAAAGUGCAUACUUGGCACAAUAGGCCCAUACGACUUGUGUUGCUGUCGACCAACAUUGACGAAGCACGUGAGCGAGAACUUGUUGUCACGAUGUGGGUGUUAUUAAAUACAGCGCAUUUACAGUCGGCCACAAAUAUGAACGAGACGAUGAGCUCGCACCGAUUUGCUCUACUAACACACCACGUGUGAGGAGUGGGGGGACAGGCAGUGAGGAGGAGCUGAAGUGGGGACCUGCGCAAACUUGUGUAGAGGUGUGAGACAAGACCCAUAUACACACGUGAGUGAGUUGUUGACCAACCAGUUCAUGGGCGCGUGACCUCGGAGGCAGUCCGCAGACGAGCGUUGAAGGGGAUAAGCAACUGCAGAGGUUGCAAGAUCUGACUGCAGCCGCAUUCAUCCCACGAUAGUUUGACACCAUGUGACAUGUCACCUCGUCAACGCAACAUCGACGAAAUUUCGAAGUUUGACAGGAAAUCUAACCGUCAUGCAGCAUUUUCAUCCAGGGGGCAUUGCUGUCUAAAUGCGCAUGCAUGCGUUGAUGACAUCUCGAUCGCACCUAAUAACUGCUGUUAAAAAAACGCUAACAUCAUGUUAUUAUUUGGAUUAGUGUGAUAAUAGUGUGGAAAUGACAUGGUGAUAUCGCUAAAUGGUGAUUUUCGCUAUGUCAACAAUGGCUUGUUGAAAUUGUCCGUAAUUCUCCUUUUUUUUACACCAGCCAGUCAUCACACCAAAUGAACAGAAUGUCUCUGUAGUGACAUCUCAGUCAGAAAUCUGAUACUUAUCUGGACCAUGAUGCAUGUUUCCAUGACUACCUCUGUCGAUCUAAAUGUGUCUCUCUUAUCUGUGUUUGAUGCAAAUGGGCAAGAAAAAUGAUGGGCUGAUGUAUUUGCAUGUUUGUUAAUUAGUUUGUUUGUUUGUUUUAAAAAGUUAUGUUCUACUCUGUUUACCCCGCCGUCAAAACUCGUUUUUCAAUGGAAGCUCGAUUUCUCCCACUUCCUGUUGUUCUUGUCGUUUUUUCAUUUCAACAUAUUUGGAGGGUGAGCACACAAACACAGAGAACUGCUUGUUUCUCCCCUGUGGCCCACAUCAACUGUUUUGCAUUUUCAGCCAUGAUGAUGUUUUAUGUGUGUUCCAAAAAAACUGUUUUUUAUGACCUUUUUUAUUUAUAUAUCUCUGACAACAUUGACUGUGCAUGUGCCAUGUAUUAUGGAUCUGCCUGUAUUGAGUAAGCAUACAGUAAUUUACUGUAGAGCCAAACCCAAAGGUCUUGCCAUCUGAGCACAUUGUAGCAUGGUGUAACCUUUAAUGGGUUUACAUUUCAAUUAUUUAGAAAUGUGUAAGUCCUGAUGUUGUU